UUACCGAAAUAAAGUCACUCUUUCUGUAUUAUUGGUGCCAUGCGGCAUCUAAACACUGAGAUACACCGCUGGAUAUGUCUCUUACCUCCUGGUUCUUCAGCUUGCUGUGUUGGAAGCAUUCUUGGAUGAUAGAACUUCUGCUCAAAAAUGUCUGGUAUCAACAGGACUUGGAACAUUCAGAUGUGCUCCAUACUGUAACUAUUAUUCACACAUAGCUUCAUUUUGGCAGCUUCACCUGAAUCAAUUCAUCGAGCUCUGCUUGAACGAGCCAACAUCACCACUAAAGAACAUACCGAUGAGGACUGGUUUGGUAGCAAUGCAUGAAGGUCCAUUAGCCGCGCUGCCUCUCCAGGAACAGCCAGACAGACAUGUUUACCACCAGCCUGUGGAUGUCUCUUUGGAUGACCUACAAGUUCAAGUUCCCCUCCUGACUCAAGGCUCCGGCAGCCCGCUAAGAAGCAUGUCUGAACUUGUGCCUCUCCUGCACUGUGCUCUGGAUCCUGCGGCCAGUCAUGCUAAAAAAUGGAAGGACCUGAAGGUGGACAGCUGUUCCACGUGUGAUCCAACUAAGGAGGGUGACUUGAAGCAGAAUGGUCACUGUGAAUGCAGUAAAAGUUCAGACUUGGCUCCUGGAACAGGUCAGGACACGGAGGUGUCAGACCUGGAUUGUGGAGCUGCUGUUCACAGUAAUUCUCAGAUGGAGGCACAGACUGUAAAAUACUGUGAUGCUGUAAUACCUCAACAGCAAGAAGGGAGCCCCACAGAUGCCUCCUGUCCUGCUGAGAGCUUUUCCACCUCACAAGUCCUGGACAACUAUUGUGACAAACAUCUGCCUGCGUCUGCAUCAGAUGACUGUUCACUGGAUGUGCUGAGAAUAGUAAAACACAAGCCGAGUGCCAUUGUAUUCUGUGAUUACGACAACCAGGUGAUCAUUGUCAAUGAGAGCUCUGAUGGCACAGGAUCCUCCUCGUCCACCUCUAAAGAGGGCAAGGAUGAUGAUGAUGAUGAUGAUGAUGAUGAUGAUGAUGUUCCUGAGACGUUACAAUAUAAGGAAUUCCUGGUCAGCCGUCAUCGUAGAAACUUGAGCAGGAACAGGAAGGGCUUGAGGAGGAGACAGGAUGCCCAGCCUAGCAGCACAGCAUCGGCAUGGCAAAAGUCCAGCAACACGGGCAAACCUGACUUCACAGGUAGCCAGGAGGAAGAGGAUACAUGGCAGAACAAUGCAAAGCAGGCUGCUGCGUGUGACUCCAUGACCCUGCUGAUGAAAAAGUUGGAUCAGCUCAAUGAGGAGAACCAAGAAGGCCAAAGCGCUAAUUCCUCCCACUUGUGUGCAGCAAAUGCUGAUCCGGAGCAGCAGAGCAACACGGGACCUCCAGCUGUGGGCAGGAUGAGCGGACGAAGUCAGGAUCAAGGAGCCAGAUUUCCAGACAAACCCGAGCCGCUGACCAGGCGCCGCUCACGACCUCUGACCCGCAGCAGACCACUGACUCGCUCGUCCCUCUCGUCUCCUGCACAUCUCCAGGCUCGACGGGCCAGGGCGGCUGCAAAGGUGACCAGUGGAUCAGCAGAGAUUGAGGCUAAGGAGGCUUGUGAUUGGCUUAGAGCAGCAGGGUUUCCACAGUACGCCCAGCUUUAUGAAGAUUCCCAGUUUCCGAUUGAUAUUUCCUCGGUGAAAAGGGACCACGACUUUUUGGACCGGGAUCUGGUGGAGCCUCUGUGUCGACGUCUAAAUACUCUGAACAAGUGUGCCUCCAUGAAACUGGAUGUCAGCCACCCCAAGAAGAAAAGCGAUGACUCUGAUGAAGAUGACCCAUUGGCCAUCAGCAAAAGGUGGACGUUCGAGUGGAACAGCAGGCGCUGGUCUCGCCUACAAGACUUCCUGUUGGACAGCACCACUGAAAGCAGCCCGACAGGUCAGGGGGAGGGUCUGCACAGCACAGUGAGCAGUGAGAGUGUGCUGACGGACCUGAGCGAGCAAGAGAUCACAGAGAUCUCAUCCCUCCACAGUGAGGACUCCGCCUCCGCUAUGCCUGACUCCAUAUCUAUGGCUUCCCUCUCGGCUUCCUACCAACCACCGAGGGAUCUUCCGCACUACAACUCCCUGCCGAUCAAGAGCAGCCGCCACGGGCAAGGAGGGCGGAGUAAAGCCAAGGAGUUCUUGCGGCGGAUGGAACUCAUGCGUACUUGGGGUCCGUCGACGAGGCGGAAAAGCUCGAAUCGGAGGCCGCCGUUGGUCAUCAGUGGGCCGGUGCUGCAGGGGGAGGAGCCUCAGGCGCUGCAGAUGCUCCAGUGUACCCCCAUCAACCAAUUAGAGCACAGCUCCAAACACAACCACCAAAGUGAUGGUGACACUUCCCCUGUCUCCCUCAGCAAGGAUUGUGAAGACCUAUCCAUGAUGAGUGUGAGCCCCAGCAAAGAGACUGCGGUGCCCAGCGUGAAGGAGCCUGUAUGUACAAAACCCCGCACUGCCAGCAAGAGAAGCAGCAUGUAUCUGGAGGAUAUGGAGCUGCCUUCUCAGGGUAAGAGGACUGAGGGUCAGAGUCAGUUUGGCAGAAACCAAUUUCACUCAUAUGAAAACCUCCUUAUUCAUAUCCCCAAAGACCAUAAACCAGGAACCUUCCCAAAAGCCCUAUCCAUAGAAAGCUUGGCGCCUUCCCCAGGUGACAGAAACAAUACUUCACAGACACAUGCUCAGACUUCUCCACCUGGCAAUGGCCUGGGUGAGCCCUGGUCUGGCAAACCCUUGUCCAAACCCUGUCCUGGAGCUCCACGAGGCAGCAGGGUGAGCGUUUACGACAACGUGCCAGGCUCCCACCUGUAUGCCAGCACAGGAGACCUGCUGGACUUGGAGAAAGAGGACAACCUUUUUCCUCACCUGGACGACAUCAUCCAGCACGUCAGCGGCUUGCAGCAAAUAGUGGACCACUGGAGUCGCAGUGUGCUGCCUGAGGGAGACACCGCGGAGGGGGAGGACGAAGGGGAGGGCAGGACCACCCCCAGUGAAGGCGAGAGAGAUGGGGUCUCCCUAAAUGACACCGAUUCGACAGGGACCAGUCGGGAGAGGCGGGACUCUGGAGUUGGGGCCUCCCUGACGAGACCACGUCUGCGAUGGCCCAGUUUCAGAACCUCUGAUCAUCUCAACCAGCCAGCGUCUUCUCUGCAGAUCAGCAGCCAAUCAGCAGGCCAGCUCAGUCUACUGCAGAAGUUUUCUUUGCUCCGCCUCACCGCCAUCAUGGAGAAAUACUCGAUGUCUAAUAAACAUGGCUGGACAUGGUCUGUGCCCAAGUUUAUGAAGCGCAUGAAGGUGCCUGACUACAAAGAGAAGAGUGUUUUUGGUGUUCCCCUCAUCGUCCAUGUCCAGCGCUGUGGUUUCCCCCUCCCCCUGUGUUUACAACAGGCUCUCAGCCACCUCAGAACGCACUGUCUGGACCAGGUGGGAUUGUUCCGCAAGUCCGGCGUGAAGUCUCGUAUUCAGGCCCUGAGGCAGCAGUGUGAGUUGUCACCAGACUGUGUGAGCUACGAGGACCAGUCAGCGUACGACGUGGCCGACAUGGUCAAACAGUUCUUCAGAGACUUGCCUGAGCCUCUGCUGACAAGCAAGCUGGGGGAAACCUUCCUACACAUUUACCAGUACGUCCCAAAGGAGCAGAGGUUACAGGCCGUCAGAGCAGCCAUUUUGUUGAUGCCGGAUGAAAACAGGGAGGUCCUGCAGACGUUGCUGUACUUCCUGCGUGAUGUUACUUCCUUGGUGGAGGAGAACCAGAUGACGCCGAUGAACCUGGCAGUUUGUCUGGGGCCGUCGCUGUUCCACCUCAGCAUACUGAAGAACGAGACGCUGUCACCGAGGUCAAUCCAGAGGAAGUACACCACAGGCCGUCCCGAUCAGAAGGACUUAAAUGAGAACCUGGCUGCCACCCAGGGCCUGGCACACAUGAUCACUGAGUGCCAGCGUCUCUUUCAGAUCCCUGAGGAAAUGGUGACCCAGUCCCGUAACUCCUACAUGGAGGCAGAGCUGAUGGUGCCCCCGCUGGACGAGCUUUGCAAGGCUCAUGAGGAAGAAGUGGAUGAGGACGAGGAAGAGGAGGACGAGGAGGGAUCCUAUCAUGCGCACCUAGAAAGGCUGAUCCAGGCCUUGCUGAAAGAGGCCAAAGAUAAGAGCAAAGGCUGGGUGUCUCGCUCGUCUACUGACCAUACAGAACUGGCUUUUAAAAAGGUGGGAGAUGGUAACCCUUUAAGGCGGUGGCGAGUUUGCAUCGAGGUGUCUGCAACUCCCACUGAGGUUCUGCAGCGGCUGCUGAAAGAGCGACCGCUGUGGCAAAGUGAACUACAGCAGGAGAAGAUUCUGGAGACGCUGGACAAACAGACAGACGUGUAUCAGUACUCCUGCUGCAACAUGGCGCCUCAACCCAGCUGUGACUAUGUGGUACUAAGAUCGUGGCGUACAGACCUGUGCAAAGGCUCCUGUGCACUCGUCUGUGUGUCCGUGGAGCAUGACGACAGCCCACGCAUGGGAGCCGUGAGGGGGGUGGUGCUGGAGUCGCAGUACCUCCUGGAGCCCAGUGGGACGGGCAGGACCAGGCUCACGCACAUCUCCAGAGUGGACCUCAGGGGAAGAUCUCCGGAAUGGUACAACAGAGCGUUUGGUCACCUGUGCGUCAGUGAAGCCCAAAGGAUCCGCUCCUCUUUUCUUCCUUUAGAUCAGACGAGCCCCGAGGCCAAGAGCUGAGCCCCAGCAGUCGGCUUUAUCUUGGGUCGCAGUCUGAGAACCAGCGACCCAGGAGGGAACCAUGGACUCUAGUGUCUUUUCAAGGUGCUGAACGACAGGGAGCUUUACUGUAUCAUACUGUAUUGAAUGCACACACACACACACAGAAGGACACACACAAUAUUUUUUUUUGCCGUUUUUUCGUCAGGUGUCUUUCAGUAACAUAUCACUACUUAUUUAUAUCAUAAAUUAUACUUUUCCAAGCCAUCUUGGUUAAAACCACACAACCCAUGUUAAAUGUGAAACAAGCAGUUUGAGUUUCAUUGAAUAGCCAUUGAUGUUUCAUAUAAUUAUCUUGCAACUUUGUGCAUUAGGGGAAGAAUUAAUAUUAUUUAUUGCUCUGAUUCAGUCAUUCAAAUCCUCAUUGUCUAAUACAGCAUCUAGAACAGAAAGGUUCAAUAAAGCAGCACCAGCAGGUAAGAUGGUUGCUAUAUCGGUUAGGAUUUUAUGUUUAAUCUGACAUAACAGGUAUUGUAAUAGAGUAAAUUCCUGAAACUUAUACAUAUCUAUAACUGAUUUUGUAAUAUAUACGAUCAAAAAAUGCAUAAGAUUUACUCCUACUCUAAGAAAUCUGUCUAAACUUCAUCUUUUAUCAGGGGAGCAUGCAUGACAAAUAUAAUUGACACUAUUCACAACAUUUAUUCUUUUCUGAUUUACUAUUGACUUUACUUGAAAAAGCAGGAAACGUUUACCCCUAAUCUGAUUUUAUCAAGUAAUGUUUUGAAAAACAAAACUAACGCAAACUGGACAUCUAUGAUCUGCAUCUAUCUUUAUACUCCUUCUACAAAGCUGUUAACUUACGUAUUCACAUUUAUAAUAUGCAGUGAUUGUACUGGAUUCUAGAGAUACUGUAAAAAUGCAAAAACUUCUGUGCCCUAAAAUCUACCAGUACAAUGUGGAUAUGUGUCUGCACUGUGUUGUGAAAAGUGCACUAGUUUCAGGAAAACUGAGUACAUGAGGGAUCUGAGUCACAUAAAGGGGAAACUCUCGUCGGGUCCAUUAAUGUGCUUUGGAUACAUUUUGUUGGAAAUCACUGUUGAUUUAGUUCUCUGUCACUAUUUUCAGUGUUAAUCUUAUCUAAGUGAAAUGCCAUUUUAAAGCUAUUAUUGUCAUUAUAUCUCUGUAUAUGGUAUCAUUGUUGCUUUAAUUUUUUUUGCUGUCAUGUUAUACAAUGUCUAAGACAUGUGACCAUUUCACUGCUUCUGGGAAGCAUGUUUGAAAUUUUUGCGUGUAUGCGUGCGUGCAUGGUUGUGCCCGUGUAUCUGCAGUUUAAACAUAUGUACAGCCUCUAUUGUAAAUAUCUGCAACGCUUUCUGUGCCAGCAGAUCAGACAUCAUAGUUUUUCAGGGUCUUCCUAUCAUAUUGAUAUGCUGAAAUGUGAAACUUUCCAACCACCAUCCUUACUAUAGCAAUAGCAGACUAAGGCUUGCUUUGCCAUGGCACUGCCUUGGCUCUCUUUAUUUCAGCUGCAGCGUUGCUAUGGUGUUGCUAUGAUAUGAUAUCUCUACAGUGCCACCGUAACCCUGCGUGGAUGCCUUUUUGUUGGGGAACAGUGUGUGUGUGUGUGUGUGUGUGUGUGUGUGUAAAUAUGUGUGUAUGAGAGAGACAAAAAGACAAAGAGUGAGUGACUUUGACAUGAGCCCUUGACUGUGUGUGGAGAGGCUCCAAAUCUAGCUGAGUAGCUGAGAUCAGGGUGAUUUGUGUUUGGUUAUUUCUGACAAAGUGACAGAAAACAGAACCAUUGUUUCUAAAGAAGAGAAUAAAAAAUCUAAAACUUCAA